GCCCUGCAAAACAACCACAACAAACUAAUACAACCGCAAUCAUGGCAGACGGUAUUGAUCGCAAGGCGGAUGAGAGGAUGGAGUUCACCACGUCCGCGGACGUCAGCGUGGCACCGACUUUCACGGACAUGCAUCUCAAGGAGAACCUUCUUCGAGGCAUCUACGCAUAUGGAUAUGAAUCUCCUUCGGCCGUUCAAUCUCGUGCAAUUGUCCAAAUCUGUAAGGGUCGCGACACAAUUGCUCAGGCGCAAUCCGGUACUGGUAAAACUGCUACCUUCUCCAUCAGUAUGCUCCAGGUUAUCGACACAGCCGUCCGCGAAACCCAAGCUCUCGUUCUCUCUCCUACCCGCGAACUUGCGACACAGAUUCAAUCCGUUGUGAUGGCGCUAGGAGAUUAUAUGAACGUUCAGUGCCAUGCCUGUAUUGGAGGCACCAACGUCGGAGAGGACAUUCGCAAGCUCGAUUACGGACAGCACAUCGUUUCUGGAACCCCAGGUCGAGUUGCUGAUAUGAUCCGCCGUCGAAAUCUGCGAACCCGCCAUAUCAAGAUGCUGGUUCUUGACGAGGCUGACGAACUGCUGAACCGCGGCUUCAGAGAGCAGAUUUACGACGUCUACCGCUACCUCCCUCCUGCGACUCAGGUCGUAGUGGUUUCUGCCACUCUUCCAUACGAUGUUCUCGACAUGACUACCAAGUUCAUGACUGAUCCAGUUCGUAUUUUGGUUAAGCGUGAUGAGUUGACAUUGGAGGGUCUUAAGCAAUACUUUAUUGCUGUUGAGAAGGAGGAGUGGAAAUUCGAUACUCUCUGCGAUCUCUACGAUACCCUUACGAUUACCCAGGCAGUCAUCUUCUGCAAUACCCGGAGAAAGGUCGAUUGGUUGACAGAUAAGAUGCGUGAGGCCAACUUCACAGUUUCCUCGAUGCACGGAGAGAUGCCACAGAAGGAGAGAGAUAGCAUCAUGCAGGACUUCCGUCAGGGCAAUUCUAGAGUUCUCAUUUCUACAGAUGUGUGGGCUCGCGGUAUCGACGUUCAGCAGGUAUCAUUGGUCAUCAAUUACGAUCUGCCUAGCAAUCGUGAGAACUACAUCCACAGAAUCGGUCGUAGCGGUAGAUUUGGACGCAAGGGUGUUGCGAUCAACUUCGUGACUAGUGAGGAUGUCAGAAUUUUGAGAGAUAUCGAAUUGUAUUAUUCAACCCAAAUCGACGAGAUGCCCAUGAAUGUUGCGGAUCUAUUGACUUAGGUAGUUUCAUGGAAGGAGUUUAUUGGAGGCAUGAUUUGCGUCAGGACCGGGCACAUGCAUGGGCAUGCCAGGCCAGAUGGUUCCGUGGGAGGAAAGGGCAAUGUCCACAAAAGUGCAAAUGCAAAUCUUCAAAUUGAAUGAAACAGACCUUGUGUUUUCUGAAUACCUUUAGAAGGAUCUGGAGCAGUUCUUUCGAUUAUGCUAGGCAACAGUUCUACCAGUCUCUCGUGACAGAUACAACCACCAAGUGAUCCAGUAUAUUCCUUAACCCCUGUACCAACCCAACAAGCCCAUCUCCAUCACCUUACGAAUGCCCCCAAUGUCCUUAAUCCACGGCGAAAGAGG